AUGGGCCCAUCAGUCAUUUACGGCAGAGACCAACUGGACCGCUAUUUCAAGCGCAUAAAUUUACCGGAACGUCAUCAGCACACAUCAAUCGCGUCUCUCACGGAAGCAGAACAAUUACGAUACCUAUCGCUGCUCCAGCGCUACAACUUAGUAGCCAUACCUUUCGAGAAUCUUUCACUCCACUACAGCCAAGCGGGUACAGUGACACUGCAUCCCGAUGCCUUGUACCACAAAAUUGUCGACGAUCCUGGUCGUGGAGGAUACUGUAUGGAAAUUAACCGCCUCUUUGGCACUGUCCUUCUUUCUCUCGGCUUUCAACUCUAUUCCGCCGGUGCACGCGUAAAAACAAGUGGACCCGCGUGGACUGGCUUUUCGCAUAUGUGCAACAUCGUGACGAUCGGACAACGAAAGUAUAUGGUAGACGUUGGCUUUGGUCCUAAUUCUGCGAUUCAGCCACUCGAGCUUGUCAAAGACGAUCCACCGGUGGUUUCAAACAUCGGUCCUGCAUCAACGAGAUUGAUAUGGACAGAACUUGAGGAACAUACGGAUCCAGAUCAACGGGCUUGGGUGUAUCAGUUUAGGACAAAUGAUGACGCCGAGUGGCGCGAUUGGUACUCGUUUCCGGAAGUUGAGUUCUUCCCCGCCGAUUAUGAGGUUAUGAAUCUUUCCACAAGCACGAGCCGAAGGAUUUGGUUCACUAGGGAGGUUAUUUGUGUCAGCAAGGAAAUGAGUGAGGGUUCGGAUGAUGCUUUAGUAGGCGAGGUCGUAUUGUGGAACGGUUUGCUAAAACGAAGUAGAGGGGGCAAAAAUGUAGAAAUUAUCGAGCUAACGAGCGAGGAAGACCGUAUAGAAGCACUGGAGAGGUAUUUCAAGAUUACGCUCAGCCGUGAUGAGAAAGAUGCGAUCAAGGGGCUAGCGACUGCACUCAAGGGCCGAGAGACUGGAUAG